CAGAGAGUCAGCAGAAGGACUGUUGGACUUUGGUUUUGUUUGCCCAGGUGGCAGAGUGAGCAGCAAGGGUCAGUGCUGUGACUCCCUUACUGGCACAAACAUCCAAUAACGUCUUCUUUCUUUAUCUUGUCCAAUCAGAUUCGCAUUAGGAUGGGGCUGCAUCCCUGUGCUGGACUAUAAGAAGGGUGAGAGUCCUAGCGGGAGGCACCAUCCGGUCCAAAUUCUCCUGCCGCACAGGUGAGUCCACCUCUGUUUCAUUUUCUCACGGGCAUAAACUGCGUACGAUACACUGAGACACACAUCACGAAUUCUUUUUCUCUGUAAAACUGCCAGUGUUUAAAAACUGGUGCUGAAUAAUGGGAGGGCUGAACUUGAAUACAUUUUAAAGGAGAAAAAAAAAAAAGUCUGUACUGUAAAUAACGAGAUAUGUGUAGGAUUUGAUCCUGACUUUUCUGAAUCAUAUUUAUUUGUUAAGUUUUCACCGUAAUGCUUUCACAUGAAGUUACAGCAUAAUCAUCCCCAAUCCGUUUUUCUAGUCUUAUUAACAGAAUGUAAUGUCUUUUUUUUGUUUUGUUUUUUUGUUAUGUUUGUGAACAGUAAUUUGAUUUCCUUAGUUUUCUUCUUAUCAUCUCUGCCCUAGAGGUUCUAACGAAGCAACACGCAAAGCUCGAAGGCCGCAAGGCAGUUAUUGAGAGCAUGACAUAAAAGGCCCAUUGGUACAAGUGAGAACACUCAGACUUCAAAUUUCAAGGGUAUAAAAUCAUGUGUAGCUAUCGAAUAGGGAUAUUUCUCAUAUAACGUUUUGUUCACUUGAGUAAAGCAGUAGUGUUCUUCAUUUUUCAGUUUACUUGCUAAGGACUGUGCGCUGUGGUUCACAUUACUGCCAAUCAUCUUCCAAAGCAUGUUGAAGGCUUUUUACGUUUUUGAUGCAGUACUGGCUUUUGAUAUCUUAACUCACAACUGAUUUGCCACUUAAUGUAACCUUAAACGUGACACUAGUAUGGACUACACGUGAUCCAUAUUGCUGUGAUGGCUAACAUUUGACAAACCAAUUUCUUUUCUUCCUCUUUAAUUCUUUAAUCCCUCUCAAUCCGAAGGAAAACUCCAGCAAUGAUUUGUUUACUGACUUUCAAGCAUCAGAGAUAUAACCACUAUAUUCUAAACUAACACUAAACCAAUGGAAGUGGCUGAUUCCUUUCUAUAUUUUAUUAGUUAAUUAUUAAAAAUAAUUAUAAUUUUAAAGAGAAAAACUAUUCCCUGAUGCAUGGGUGGUGAGUGGUAUAUAAAAAAAAAAAUCAAAUUCAAGGCACUUAAAUAGAUCAAAUUAAAAAAAGUAAAAAGCCUUUAAUAAAUAUGGGCUAGUACAUUAUAAAAAUAAAGCAGCAUUGGCACACUUGCCUUCCUCAGGGUGUCGCACAAGAAAUUAUCCACUUUUCUCCACUCUUCUUCCUCUCACAUAUUAUAAAAUAUCUUAUUGUAAAAUCAAAUCAAUGUACCGAUAGUUUAAAAAAAAAUCUUUGGUCACACCACCUUGAAUAUUUGUUUUUGCUGCUCUUUGCUCGAAUCAAUAAAAUAACAUUAACUACGUUUGGGCACGGAGGUUCAGUCUUGACUCCUGCUGCUGUGAUGCGCUAGAUAAAGUUGAUAAGUUAAUGUUUGGGGUUUGGACAAACACGCAGGAACAAAAUAAUAUUUAUUUUAUUACCACGUGACAAAAAGACCGUCUGGGUUUCCUAGAAAAUGUGCCAGCUUUUAUCAGUGAGUCAUCUUAUUGAGCAACAGGAGGCCUUCUUAAUAAACAAUCUUUCUCACUAGAUCCAGGGGAAAUUAUUGGAAGAUUUAACUAUUUAUUCAGUAAAUGAUGUUAAAUAGAUGAUGGACGAACUUUAAACUUAAUGGAAAAAAAUAAUUGUGCUUUCAGUCAGCACAUGUAUGGUUACACUGCAGCAGAUUAUAUAUGAAGAGAGGACAUUAACAUCAGCACAGUAGCAUCAGGUUAUAACAUCUUUGACCAUACAGAAUAAUAACUAAAUGUUUGUUUCUCUAGGUCUUCUCCAGUCAGCAGUCAUGAAAUUCUCCCUCAUUGCAGCCAUUGUCCUGUUUGCUCUGGCACAGGGAAGCUUUUCACAAGAUGAUACCAAUCUUGAUAACCUCAGCCAAUACUUCGAGGACCUGAAGAACAAAGUGACUCAGGAGCUGACUGAGUUGAUCAGCAACCAGGACCUGGCAAACCAGGCUCAGACCUUCCUGGAUGACAGGAAAACCCAGCUGGAGCCCCUGGCCUCUCAGAUCCAGGAUCAGCUGAGGACUGCUGCCGCCAAUGUGGAGGAGCAGAUCAAACCCCUGGCUGCCAACGUGCAGGCUCAGCUCAAGCCCAUGGUCGAUAACUUCCAGAGGCAGAUGGAGGCCAUCCUCCAGAAGCUGACAGAGCAGGCCCAGGCCAUCAGCAACUAAACCAGCUGUCCUUCCAAAAGAUGCAAAUGUGCCAUCACAACACCAUCUUCUCUGUCGUGGACUGAGUUAAUGACGCUACUUGCAUUUAUGGCUGGCCUGAAAGUGCUGGCAUAAGUAUGACAUCCUAAAAAUGUGUUUCAGUGCUCGUUAACAUUGAUAUUUAUUAUAUCUGUCCAAAAGCACAAUUAAAAACUUUGAACACAGUUUAAUGGUUCUGACUGGAUUUCAUCUGCGUGUGUAUAUGAUGGGUGCUUAUUUUUAAUCACUUUACCAAUUGGAGAUCUGAAUUAUUUUUAUCUAACCAGCACGAAAUUUAACAACAUUUGGGAUCACAACUCUUACAAUCAAAAUGGUAUGAGGGAAUCGGAACAGGCUUAUACUUCAGUAAUAAAUCAGUCAUUUC